AUUCCCUGUCUGUGCAGCGGUGCCUCGUGUUUACUGUGCCAAUGUUGUCCCAACAGCAAGAAUUCAACAGUGACGCGUCUUAUCUAUGCCUUCCUCCUCCUCCUCAGUACCGUUCUUGCCUGCAUUAUGCUGGCACCGGGCAUGGAAGAGCAGCUGAAAAAGAUACCUGGAUUUUGUGAUGAGGGGCUUCAUACUCGCAUACCGCAUAUGGAUGGCUUUGUCAGCUGCGAUGUGUUUGUUGGAUACAGAGCUGUCUAUCGGAUCAGCUUUGCCAUGGCAGUGUUCUUCUUUCUCCUCUCUCUGCUCAUGAUAGAAGUGAAAACAAGUAAUGAUCCAAGAGCCUCGGUACACAAUGGGUUCUGGUUCUUCAAAAUAGCUGCCAUUGUGGCUAUCAUGGUUGGAGCGUUUUACAUUCCUGAAGGGCCUUUCACAAGAGCUUGGUUUGCUAUUGGUAUUUGUGGAGCCUUCUGCUUCAUUCUUAUCCAGUUGGUGCUUCUUGUGGACUUUGCUCAUUCCUGGAAUGAGAACUGGGUUGAGAGAAUGGAGGAGGGAAAUUCUAAAUGUUGGUAUGCAGCUCUGCUGUCAUGUACAAGCUUGUUCUAUGCCUUGUCGCUGGUUUUUGUGGUGCUUUUCUAUGUUUUCUACACGAAGCCUGAUGACUGCACUGAGAACAAGUUCUUCAUAAGCAUUAAUAUCAUCCUGUGCAUUGCUGUCUCCAUUGUUUCUACCCUUCCAAAAGUUCAGGAACAUCAGCCUCGCUCUGGCCUCCUCCAGUCCUCUGUUAUCACGCUCUACACCAUGUAUCUCACUUGGUCAGCCAUGUCCAAUGAGCCUGAACGAAGCUGUAACCCGAGUUUGCUGAACAUCAUUACCCAGAUAGCUACACCCACAGUUGUUCCGGCAAAUACCACUGUCGUACCUGCUACGCCAGCUCCGCCCAAGUCCCUGCAGUGGUGGGAUGCCCAGAGUGUUGUUGGAUUGGUUAUCUUUGUCCUUUGCCUCUUGUAUUCCAGCAUUCGCUCUUCAAGUAACAGCCAGGUGAACAAGCUGACACUGUCUGGGAGUGACAGUGCCAUUCUGGAGGAUGCUGUGGGAACAGGCAGCGGGGCUGCAGAGGAAGGAGAAGUGCGCCGUGUCAUGGAUAACGAGAAGGAUGGCGUUCAGUACAGCUACACCUUCUUUCACUUCAUGCUCUUCCUUGCCUCUCUUUACAUCAUGAUGACACUCACAAACUGGUACAGCCCUGAUGCAGAUUUUAAAACAAUGACAAGCAAGUGGCCAGCCGUGUGGGUGAAGAUAACCUCCAGCUGGGUUUGUCUCCUUCUCUACCUUUGGACCCUAGUGGCUCCUCUUGUCCUUACUAAUAGGGACUUCAGUUAA